ACGUUUUACCGCACAGCUCGACGUACAAACACACGAUCCGCCGAGUCCGAGUCCGAGUCCGAGUCAGAGUCAGAGUCAAAGCCGAGCUCCCGCAACACACACUAUUUUUAAAUAUAGCGCAGCGCAGAGUCGUCGCAGCCAACAAUUAAACAUUACAAAAAAAAAAACCUUAACUAAAUCAACAUGAAAUUCUUAGUCACCAUUGCUGCCCUGUGCCUGUGCCUGGCCUUUGCCGCUGGCCAGCAAUACUUUCUAGGACAAUUCCCCGGCCGAUCCCGCUUCGCCUUCGAUCCUUUGGCCCUGGCACAGCCCUCGGCGGCGCAGAUCCGUGAUCCGCGUCAGAACAGAGGACCCGUUGUGUUCCCCCCCUCACCACCGGAUGCGAUUGAGGAGUCGAGCGGCGUUGUUGUUGGCGCCUCCGGCUUUGGCUUUGUGCCACCUCAGCAAACAGUGGCAGCUGUGGCCGCGGCGGCUGGCGGCGUGGAUCCCACAUAUUUCAGCACCACAUUUCAAACGCCGGACACAUCGUACGCAACGUUCAACUAUUACAGCAGUCCGUACAGCACGAGAUACACAUACUUCUGAGGCGACAGGGGUGCAGAGUCUAGAGUCGAGAGUCGAGUCAUGUGUAAGUAGUCAGUUAAUGAGGCG